AUGAAACCUUGUGAGUUUCCAGAAAUUCAACAUGGAGGUCUAUAUUAUGAGAGUAUGCGUAGACCAUACUUUCCAGUGGCUGCAGGAAAAUCUUAUUCCUAUUACUGUGACCGAAAUUUUGUGACUCCUUCGGGAAGUUACUGGGAUUACAUUCAUUGCACACAAGAUGGGUGGUCGCCAACAGUCCCAUGCCUCAGUAAACAAUGUAUUCUCAGUUAUUUGGAGAAUGGAUAUAACACAAAAUAUGAAGGAACAUAUUUACAGGGUUAAUCUGUAAAAGCUGGAUAUCCUGGCUACAGUCUUCCAAAUGUGCAGACCGCAGUUCCCUGUACAGACGAUGAACGGUCUCCUCCUCCCAGAUGCAUUCGUGGCAGAACAUGCUCACAAUCAGAUAUAGAAAUUGAAAAUGGAUUUAUUUCUGAAUCUUCCUCUAUUUAUAUUUUAAAUAAAGAAACACAAUAUAAUUGUAAACCAGGAUAUGCAACAGCAGAUGGAAAUUCUUCAGGAUCAAUUACAUGUUUGCAAAAUGGGUGGUCAGCACAACCAAUUUGCAUUAAUUCUUCAGAAAAGUGUGGGCCUCCUCUACCUAUUAGCAAUGGAGAUACCACGACCUUCCCGCAAAAAGUGUAUCUGCCACAGUCAAGAGUCGAGUACCAAUGCCAGCUCUACUAUGAACUUCAGGGUUCUAAAUAUGUCACAUGUAGUAAUGGAGAGUGGACAGAACCACCAAGAUGCAUAUUAAUGAAACCUUGUGAGUUUCCAGAAAUUCAACAUGGAGGUCUAUAUUAUGAGAGUAUGCGUAGACCAUACUUUCCAGUGGCUGCAGGAAAAUCUUAUUCCUAUUACUGUGACCGAAAUUUUGUGACUCCUUCGGGAAGUUACUGGGAUUACAUUCAUUGCACACAAGAUGGGUGGUCGCCAACAGUCCCAUGCCUCAGUAAACAAUGUAUUCUCAGUUAUUUGGAGAAUGGAUAUAACACAAAAUAUGAAGGAACAUAUUUACAGGGUCAAUCUGUAAAAGCUGGAUAUCCUGGCUACGGUCUUCCAAAUGUGCAGACCGCAGUUCCCUGUACAGACGAUGAACGGUCUCCUCCUCCCAGAUGCAUUCGUGGCAGAACAUGCUCACAAUCAGAUAUAGAAAUUGAAAAUGGAUUUAUUUCUGAAUCUUCCUCUAUUUAUAUUUUAAAUAAAGAAACACAAUAUAAUUGUAAACCAGGAUAUGCAACAGCAGAUGGAAAUUCUUCAGGAUCAAUUACAUGUUUGCAAAAUGGGUGGUCAGCACAACCAAUUUGCAUUAAUUCUUCAGAAAAGUGUGGGCCUCCUCUACCUAUUAGCAAUGGAGAUACCACGACCUUCCCGCAAAAAGUGUAUCUGCCACAGUCAAGAGUCGAGUACCAAUGCCAGCUCUACUAUGAACUUCAGGGUUCUAAAUAUGUCACAUGUAGUAAUGGAGAGUGGACAGAACCACCAAGAUGCAUAUUAAUGAAACCUUGUGAGUUUCCAGAAAUUCAACAUGGAGGUCUAUAUUAUGAGAGUAUGCGUAGACCAUACUUUCCAGUGGCUGCAGGAAAAUCUUAUUCCUAUUACUGUGACCGAAAUUUUGUGACUCCUUCGGGAAGUUACUGGGAUUACAUUCAUUGCACACAAGAUGGGUGGUCGCCAACAGUCCCAUGCCUCAGUAAACAAUGUAUUCUCAGUUAUUUGGAGAAUGGAUAUAACACAAAAUAUGAAGGAACAUAUUUACAGGGUCAAUCUGUAAAAGCUGGAUAUCCUGGCUACGGUCUUCCAAAUGUGCAGACCGCAGUUCCCUGUACAGACGAUGAACGGUCUCCUCCUCCCAGAUGCAUUCGUGGCAGAACAUGCUCAAAAUCAGAUAUAGAAACUGAAAAUGGAUUUAUUUCUGAAUCUUCCUCUAUUUAUAUUUUAAAUAAAGAAAUACAAUAUAAAUGUAAACCAGGAUAUGCAACAGCAGAUGGAAAUUCUUCAGGAUCAAUUACAUGUUUGCAAAAUGGAUGGUCAGCACAACCAAUUUGCAUUAGUAAGUGUAUUGUAUUCCUUGCUCACACUCAGAAAAGUUGUACAUGUUGGUGGAGAAAUGAGUGCUUAAUUCUGAAUUUCUGCUAG